AUGUCAACAUUUGGUAAUUAUUUCCGGGUUACCACCUAUGGCGAGUCGCACGGCAAAUCGGUCGGCGUCAUAGUAGACGGCAUCCCCCCCGGCAUGGCCCUCACCGAAUCCGACAUCCAACCGCAACUGACGCGCCGCCGCCCCGGCCAAAGCGCCAUCACCACGCCCCGCGACGAGAAGGACCGCGUCACCAUCCACUCGGGCACCGAGUUCGGCGUCACCCUCGGCACCCCCGUGGCCAUGGUGGUCGCCAACGAGGACCAGCGCCCGCGCGACUACGGCAACAGCACCAUGGACCGCUUCCCGCGCCCCUCGCACGCCGACUGGACCUACCUGGCCAAGUACGGCGUGAAAGCCAGCUCGGGUGGCGGCCGCAGCUCCGCUCGCGAGACCAUCGCCCGUGUGGCCGCCGGCGCCGUCGCCGAGAAAUACCUCCGCCAAGCCUACGGCACCGAGAUCACCGCUUUCGUCGCCUCCGUCGGCGCCGUCCACCUCUUCCCCCCGACCCCGGACCACCCGUCCCCGUCCACGAACCCGGACUUCCUCGACUUGCUGCGCACCAUCGACCGGGACACCGUCGACCGCUUCCUCCCCGUCCGCUGCCCCGACCACGCCGCCGCCACCCGCAUGAACGAGUACAUCGCCUCCUUCCGCGACCGCAACGACAGCAUAGGCGGCACCGUCACCUGCGUCGUCCGCAACCCGCCCGCCGGCCUGGGCGAGCCCUGCUUCGACAAGCUCGAGGCCCUCCUCGCCCACGCCAUGCUCAGCAUCCCCGCCACCAAGGGCUUCGAGAUCGGCUCCGGUUUCGGGGGGUGCGAGGUCCCCGGUUCCACCCACAACGACCCGUUCAUCAAGGCCCCCGACGUCGAUGCCGUCGCGGCUGCUGGUGCCGGUUCGGCCGCCACCUCGGGGAACGGGAUCCCCCGCUCCCGCCUCGCCACCAAGACCAACUACAGCGGGGGCGUCCAGGGCGGCAUCUCGAAUGGCGAGCCCAUCUACUUCCGCGUGGCCUUUAAGCCCGCCGCCACCAUUGGCCGGGACCAGUCCACCGCCACGUACGACGGCGAGGAAAUGGGUGUUCUGGCUGCCAAGGGCCGUCAUGACCCUUGCGUUGUACCGAGAGCCGUGCCCAUUGUCGAGGGUAUGACUGCCCUCGUCCUCAUGGAUGCCCUCCUCGCCCAGCAUGCCCGCCACGUUUCGAGCAGUCUGCUGCCGCCGCUGCCCAAGGCCCAAGGACAAGCUCUUCCGGUGCAACAGCCACCGGCUCCCUCUUCAUAG